UUUACUGAAAGAGAAGGGAGGGGAGAUACCGAAGAGAGAGGGAGGGACCUGGGUUGAUGUCCCGCUGCUUGAUCCUCCUCAGCAGCUCAGCCCAGAACAAUCCCUCAAAGAAGAGUUUAAACUUCAGUUUCUGCCGGGAGAAAUCACCCCCCCCCCAAAAAAAAAAUCCCUUAUCGGCGCAGAGAGCCCUGAUGGCUUCUUGUUCUGCUGGGUCUUGUUCUGUUCAGUAACAGUUGAUUGAGGCCGGCGUUUGUGAGAGGAGAAGAGCUGGAGAGAGCGGGAAGGACAGGAGGCUAUUAUCUUCCCACCGGUUUUUUUUCUUAAACAGGGGCCUUUCUUAGUUUUCUGUUUAAGAAAAAAAGGUUCUCCUCAAGUUCUCUCCACAGUUCUAUUCGCAUUCCGUCUUUUGGUUUGUGGAAUGAUGCCUACUGUGUAUUUGUACUAAUUGCAGGUUUUGGAACACUCAUUAGGCAGAUAGAUGACUGAUAUUGGGCAAAUUAAGCCUGUGGUCAGAAGUUGUGUAGGAAGUGUCCCAUUACCAUUCCCAAGAUACCUUUGCCCAGGAAUGCAUCCCGUGCUGGCUUGUAAUGUUGGAGGGACAAAAAAAGACUAUCCUGGAGGAAGCUUUGCUGCUGGCUUUAAAAUUUUUAUUAUGAAGUGACUGAUACUAGCAAGAAGGGUCUGUGGUUUUUAGGCUUUACUUCUUAUAAGGUGUAAUCUACCUGGAGAAAAUAUCUCUGAUCAAGUUUUCUGUGCCGUUGAGCACAGGAGAGAUUUGUAUCUGGGUGCCUUGUGUUGCUUACCAGUUAUUCCUGGUUGAGUACUUCUUUUAUCAUGCUUCUUUGAGCUGUAUAAAAAGACUGGGUUGUAUACUUUUGGAUUUAGAGUGUGGGUUAAUGUUUUACCUGUAGAAUGAAGUUGGUGUUACCCAAGAAUGGUAACUUUCAUGUUAAGUGUGAGAAUUUGAUAAGCCCGAUACUAUCUUUAAGGAGCAUUGGUGGUGCAGUGGUAAAGUGCUCUCAGCUGCACGGCUGUUCAAACCCACCAGCUGCUCCAUGGGAGAAAAAUAUGCCAGUCUGCUUCCAUAAAGAUAUACAGUCUUGGAAACUCUGUGGGGCAGCUCUGAUCUGUCCUAGAGGGUCACUAUGAGUUGAAAUCGACUUGAUGGCAGUGGGUUUGUAUUAUCUUUAGCCUCAUUUGUUUAAUAAAGCUGAAAUUGUUUAUUGGGAACCUCAGUCAUGGAAAAAGUGCGUCGUUGGUUUUGCCUGAGAUUGGUUUUUCAAACUUCGAAACCUAACCUCUGAAUCUUUUAAUUAGAUGAGUCUAAAUCUCGUCAAGUUGUAACAAUUAACAGUUUCCGCUUUAGCUGCUAGUGAGAUUCUUGCCCAGACUGUGCAUUUCAUUGAAUACAACUUUUUUAUUUUCUUGAGAACAUGAAUGGGAACUGGUAAGCAGAGAUUUGGGAAUCCUAUUAAAUGAGGUAGGAUUUCUUUCACAUCUCCGGUUUCCCCUUCGAAGAUGCCAGAACUGGAUGUACCACUGAUUUAUCAGAAUUGUUACACAAAUCACAAAACAUUUAACCCUCCACUGAGUGAAGAGAUGUUGCCUCCUGGGGAGUGGAUGUGUCACCGGUGCACUGUUCGCCGAAAGAAACGAGAGCAGAAAAAGGAGCUGGGCCAUGUCAAUGGACUGGUGGACAAAUCUGGCAAACGGACUACAUCCCCCAGCAGUGACACUGACUUGUUGGACAGAUCAGCUAGCAAAACUGAACUCAAGGCCAUUGCCCAUGCCCGGAUCCUGGAGAGGAGGGCCAGCCGGCCUGGCACACCCACAUCCAACGCCAGCACAGAGACCCCCACCUCUGAGCAGAACGACAUGGACGAGGACAUCAUUGACGUGGACGAGGAGCCAGUAGCAGCAGAGCCGGACUAUGUGCAGCCCCAGCUGAGGCGGCCUUUUGAGCUGCUGAUUGCUGCUGCCAUGGAGCGGAACCCCACCCAAUUUCAGUUGCCCAAUGAACUGACUUGUACCACUGCACUACCAGGUUCUAGCAAGAGGAGAAGAAAAGAGGAGACUACAGGGAAAAAUGUUAAGAAGACACAACAUGAGUUAGAUCACAAUGGUCUUGUUCCCUUACCCGUCAAAGUCUGCUUCACGUGUAACAGGAGCUGCCGCGUGGCCCCUCUCAUCCAGUGUGACUAUUGCCCCCUCCUGUUCCACAUGGACUGCCUCGAGCCGCCGCUCACUGCCAUGCCUCUGGGCAGAUGGAUGUGUCCGAAUCACAUCGAACAUGUGGUGCUGAACCAGAAGAAUAUGACACUGAGCAAUCGGUGCCAGGUAUUUGACCGUUUCCAGGACACCAUUUCACAGCAUGUCGUCAAAGUGGACUUCCUGAACCGAAUCCACAAGAAACACCCUCCUAACCGCCGUGUGCUCCAGUCGGUCAAAAGAAGGAGUUUGAAGGUUCCCGAUGCUAUAAAAUCUCAGUACCAGUUUCCACCCCCUCUCAUUGCACCCGCGGCCAUUCGGGACGGGGAGCUGAUCUGCAGUGGGAUCCCCGAGGAAACACAGACACACCUUUUGAACUCUGAGCACUUAGCCACCCAGGCAGAGCAGCAAGAGUGGCUCUGUAGUGUUGUUGCGCUCCAGUGCAGCAUAUUGAAACAUUUAUCUGCUAAGCAGAUGCCUUCGCAUUGGGACUCUGAACAGACAGAGAAGGCUGAUAUUAAGCCUGUUAUUGUGACUGACAGCUCAAUCACCACCUCCCUGCAAACAGCUGACAAGGCACCUACCCCUUCCCACUACCCCCUGUCCUGCCCCUCAGGGAUUAACACCCAGAAUUCCCUGAGCUGCUCUCCACCCCAUCAGCCCCCAGCCCUAGAAGACAUCAGCUGCAGUUCUUGUGCGGAAAAAUCCAAGAAAGCCCCCUGUGGGACUGCCAACGGGCCAGUGAACGCAGAGGUGAAAGUCAAUGGCCCACACCUCUACAGCAGCCCCACUGACUCCACAGACCCCCGGCGACUUCCAGGCACCAACACCCCACUACCAGGCCUCUCACAUCGGCAAGGCUGGCCCCGGCCCCUCACGCCACCAACGGCUGGGGGGCUUCAGAACCACACCGUCGGCAUCAUUGUGAAGACAGAGAAUGCCACUGGCCCCAGCUCUUGCCCCCAGAGGAGUUUGGUUCCUGUCCCAAGCCUGCCCCCUUCCAUUGCCAGCUCUUGUGCCAGCGUUGAGAACACCAGCACUUUGCAAAGAAAGACUGUCCAAUCCCAGAUAGGACCUCCGUUGACAGAUUCAAGGCCACUGGGCUCACCCCCAAAUGCCACCCGGGUGCUCACUCCCCCCCAAGCAGCAGGAGACGGUAUCUUAGCCACAGGGGCCAACCAACGAUUCUGCUCACCAGCACCAUCAUCAGAUGGCAAGGUCAGCCCCGGCACGUUAUCCAUAGGAAGCGCUUUAACCGUACCCUCUUUCCCAGCCAACUCUACUGCCAUGGUGGACCUCACCAGCUCACUUCGAGCGUUUAUGGAUGUCAAUGGAGAAAUCGAGAUAAAUAUGCUGGACGAGAAGCUGAUCAAGUUUCUGGCCUUGCAGAGAAUACAUCAGCUUUUCCCUUCCCGGGUCCAAGCAUCACCAGGCAGUGGCGGGGCACAUCCACUGGCUUCUGGAGGGCACCACACAGAAGUGCAAAGAAAGGAGAUACAGGCCCGAGCUGUGUUCUACCCCCUCUUAGGGUUGGGAGGAGCUGUGAACAUGUGCUAUCGAACCCUCUACAUCGGGACAGGAGCUGACAUGGACGUGUGCCUUACAAACUAUGGUCACUGUAACUACGUGUCCGGGAAACACGCCUGCAUAUUCUACGAUGAGAAUACCAAACAUUAUGAGCUGUUAAACUACAGUGAGCACGGGACAACGGUGGACAAUGUGCUGUAUUCGUGUGACUUCUCUGAGAAGACCCCGCCAACCCCCCCAAGCAGUAUUGUUGCCAAAGUGCAGAGUGUCAUCAGGCGCCACCGGCACCAGAAACAGGAUGAAGAGCCAAGUGAGGAGGCAGCCAUGAUGAGCUCCCAGGCCCAAGGGCCUAACCGGAAACCCUGCAACUGCAAAGCCAGCAGCUCGAGCUUGAUUGGGGGCAGUGGGGCCGGCUGGGAGGGCACGGCCUUGUUGCACCAUGGCAGCUACAUCAAGCUGGGGUGCCUGCAGUUUGUCUUCAGCAUCACUGAGUUUGCGACCAAACAGCCCAAAGGUGAUGCCGGCCUGCUGCAGGAUGGGGUCUUGGCCGAGAAGCUCUCCCUCAAGCCCCACCAGGGCCCUGUGCUGCGUUCCAACUCCAUUCCCUAGGGCUGGCGGCUACCCCGCCACCUACCUGGCACCCAACCCAAGACUCCUGCAAUGCAAAAAUGUACACAAACCAAGCCCGGGUUUUUUUAUACUCCACCAGAAACCCUUCAACUACAAUCUUUGCAUGAAAUGAAGAAAACCUUUUGACUGUUUUAUAAAAGUCCUUUUUCUUUUCUCAAGUUCUAGGGGGCAUUUGCACAUAUAUUUGUACUCCACAUUUCAUGGGAAAGCGGCAGACCUGAGCUGAGGAACAGCGAGGGCAGGGAGGGGAGGCCAAUGUUCUGGAUACAACACAAAAACCGUUCCCCACCCACCUCCUGCUCCCUCCCCCUCGCCCGCCGUUGUAAAAUAAUCAGAAACUUGUUCUAUUUUGUGGCAGUGACAAUAGUUUUAUAUUAAAAGAAAAAAAUACAGUUUUCAUACAGCAAAAUCUAUACAAUAUCAUUGUUUUAUUUAAUAUAAAGAUCGCUACCCACCCUCCUUCCAUGGUUCCCACCCUCCUUCCAUGGUUCCCACCCUCCUUCCAUGGUUCCCACCUCCCAGUUAUUUUCCCUUUCUGCAGCGGUUGCACUACAGGUAGCUACUGUGUAUUAUGGACAAAUGAGAAAUGAAUUCUUUUUCUGGCUGUCCAUCUUAUUUUAUUUCAGAUAAGGAAAAGUGUAUUUGGAUUUUGUGUAAAUACAUCUAGUGAUGACUUUUUUUCAGUGUUUUUAAAAACUGUGUACAGUACUACAUGUGGUAGAGCGUUUUCUUCAAAUUGUCUAUUGUAGCAAAAAUGUUUUUGUCGUAAACCUGUUUUGUCUCCUUUUUUUGUUCUCUUGCCACUUCUCUUCCCCCCCUCCCUGGCUCCCUUCUCUCCUCCCACCUGGACAACUAGUACCAAUGUACAUAGUAAUUGUAAUGUUUUAGACUUUACAGAAACUUUCCUGUAUUCUGUAUAUAAAAAAACAAAAAUACUUCAAAUUAUGUUUUCUGCCUGUCUGUCCUACCUGUCAUCACCCCUAAAGGGGACCCUCCCUUAGAUCCUGGUCCCACAGGUGAGGGAGCCUUUGAAACAGGUCUGAUAGCCAGAUACUCAGUCCCCAAGGGGAGUCAGGAAAGGGGAGUUAUUGGAGGAAAGGAGCUUAAGCUGGGUGGGGAAAAAUGGAAGCAUAGGGUAUACCUGCUGGGGUGGGGACUACUGUAUGGCUUUAUGGGUGACUCGAGGGUUUAGAGGGCUUAGUCAUUUGGCACUAUCAGAUUCUGCAAGAAUUCAAGAGCUUGUAGGUUCCUGGACUGUGGGAUGGGAGUCCUGCACCUGUUGGCUCCAAAACCAAGACAUCAAACUGAAGCUAGUACAAGACCUCUGCUUUCUGGUCUGGAAGCAUUAACCUAAGGAGUUCGGUUGCCUUUGAUUCCAAGUGUUUGCUAUCAUAUUUAUCUCCGAUUCUGGGAGAAAUCUAAACAACUGGUUUUACUUUUCCCCACCCCUCAAGCCUUAGCUGAGCAUUGAGCAAUUCGUUUAUUCACGUAAUGCUUGAGUCCCUCCUCUUUGCCAGGCCUGUGCUAGGUCUUGUGGACACAGCAGUCUGCAGGGUAGAUACGGUCCCUGCCCCUUAGAGCCUAAGUCUGGAAUGUUUAGCAGUUUGGUGAUUCAAAUAUCUUGGAAACAUGACGACAAAAAGUGUGAAAUCCGGUCUCGAGACUGAGCCAUGCCACCUCUAGCUUGUGUGACUUAAAAUCACAGCUU